AUGGGUAACGCUUACUUCAGUCUGAUCGUCGCUCCCGUCAGGACACUCUUUGUUGAGCUCGGUCUCGGCGUCACUGUCCUUGGCGUUGAGGGCGUUGUAUCAUGUGUUCUUGCACGGUCGUUGUCGAGUGGGUGGCCUUCGUGUCGUCUACGCAUGGAUCACAAGGUUCCAGCCGCUCCCCUUCAGUGUCAGAGGGCUCCUCUUCUGAAUGAAAAUGUUACGGUAUCGAUCAACAAGGAUGCAAAGCCCAUUGCUUACGCUGUAAAUGUCAUUUUUCAUCAAUGCUUGAGCACUUUCAUUUCAGAUUUUUGA